AUGGCCAAAUUUGGCGUAAUUAGGUCCCUGUGGACAUUUUGCGCAAUAUACCUGUAUUCGAUUUACCCUAUUGAUACAUUACGUUGUGAUUUAGACCACCCAAACGGUUUGCUCAGCACCAAUGCACUUGUAGUAUGCCAGGUGGACAUCGAGUACUUCGGGCCAGCAACUGCGAUCUGCCCACGCCGAGUGAACGGCACCGAGUAUAUUUGGCAUCCUCAACCGAUAUCGGACGACCAAGAUAAUCUCAACACGUACAUUUCUGCGAAUGGAAGGCUGGUUCCUGUUGCCAUUUCCGGAGUCGUGCGUUCAGAAUCGGCAAGCCCAGUUGUACGGUUGGAAUCGAAUCGGUCGCAAACUAUUCUGCAUUCCGCGCUGGAAUAUGACAAGGUAUAUGCAAUUACCGACCACCGCCUGAUAUUUAUCUGUGGACCACGUGAUUUUGUUUUGAGUAAUGCGUUGCAACAGCACCUUGAAAGCCUCAAGAGUGCCCAGUCGCUUAGACUUCCAUGGAAUCCAACCACUCCAUUGACCGAAGAAAUAGCAAAGUUGGGACAUGGGUUGGGCGUGUUUUCCUUGAAUAGAGGCCUCCGGCACCUACCGCUUCAAGGCUGUGGUAGCCGUCCCUCGCCACUGUUUGCCGUGGACAAUGAGGUGACCGUUGACCCGAACACUGGUACGCGUUCAUGUGAGGCAGAUCCCAUGUCAAGAUCGCCCAUCGGAUUUCUUUGCGAAGGUAGACUUGAACCUCACAAUUGCAUGGUAUCACUCCUGGACAAUAAUGGUGUACUAGUAAGUGCUCCUCGACCUUAUUCAUAUUGGAAAUUCGAUAACUAUAGACCUUGGGUGAUGGCAAAAUACUUCUCUGACUUCGCGUUGCCGCCCAUCAAUGGCGAAUGCAGGUGCAUAGAUCACGAAACGGGGCAUGUGAAAGCCCGGAUAGAGAUCCGCUCGAAAACUGAGCACAUCUGUGACAUUACAAGCAACAUCUUCCGCAACAGAGUUCGUCCCAUCCGUGGCCCUUGGUGUUCGGUGGUACUUCAUCCGGGGAGUGCCUUGACCAUAAUGUUGCCAAUACAGAAUGUUUAUCCGCAGUCUUUCGAGGUUUCUCAUACCGUCUCAUUCUCGCAAAUGAUGUCUCUCUAUGCUUUUGAAACUGAAUUCGCGCCGAAGGACUUAACCACCCUGCGACAACUGAUAGCAGCUGGUGACAUCAACGCUUACGACGAAAUCCCAUACCACGAAGCCCUUGCAGGAGAUGCCCUCGAGCUGAAUGUUUCUCGAAUCUCACAGGGAGAGGUGAAGCUGAAGUACCAUCUGGAUAAACCCUUAGCGUUACGAGAGGGAAUAAACUCGUUCGUUUAUAAUUGGGCAUUGAGAUCUAGGAACGAGAAUCUGCCGACUGAGAUACGCGCCAUCGUUCAGGUAUCCUUCGCAUUUACCCAUGAGUACGCGAAGGUGGGCUGUGAUAGGGGGCAACGGAAUGUGUUUGAUCAAUUAUUGAGCGGGAAAUAUUGCACAAACAAACCGAUGGGAAAUGGUAUUGGAGAAACGUACGAAUGCGCAAUACAUAUUCGGCAGGAAGGUCGGUACGCUGGUAUUUACUGCGGUACAGACGAAGACCUCUUACCAGACAACUGUGAAACUGCAGGAUACGAUAUGUAUUCCAAUCGUAUCACACCGUUUCCUGUGUCUUUGCAAAAUUCUAUGCCAUAUCCCAUCAGAAGGUUUCAAUUGUUUUACUUUGGAUUCAUCAGCGCUAGCGCUCUCAGCUAUGCCUGUAUAUGUGUCAAUAAACAUGGAUACGAGACGUCUAAACUUAUUCUAGUGUCUGACUGUCGAAAAAAUUAUAAUUACGUGGUACGUCGUAAAAACGCCUUCCACUGGUUACUGGCAUAUAUGUCGCUACCUUGGCGUAAGGUCGGAUUGUUAAUUGAAAGGCCCACAUCAACGGCGUUUGUAAUAUUACAUCAUACAUAUAAAAAGGAAAUUAAACUACACGUGGGUACAGUGUUGUCAAUGACUUGUGAAAUGGAUACCUCUACUACAACCUUAAAGGAAGGAGAAAACGACGAUGACAGUAACUGUGAGCCUGAAACGUCAUGGAUACCAAUGCAUUCUGACGUAUACUAUUAUAGUGCCAACCAUACGAAGCACGGUACGGAGCUUUUUCGUAUGCGAUACAGAGAUUCAAUAGUUACUACGCCUGGUGGCUUUGGAGUCGUGUACGGCAAGGCGUACGCACCAGAAUAUCAACGUUUGAUCAUCACAUCACCUAGAUACGGCGUGUUGAUAUCCAAAGAUCCACUGCAUAAGAAAUAUGUGCCUAUGACAUUCGUCUGCGGAAAAGUGCCAGAACAACUGGAGUUAUCCAUCAGCACUGAUGACCCCACUACAUCACAACCAUCUGCAGAUUCCAUACGUCAGGCUACAAUAUGGUCAGGAAAAUACACAUGGAACGUGGUUCAGGUUCAAGCCGAGACCACCGACCCGCACAUGCAGGGCUGCGGCGUCACAUACGCGUCGGAUGAGUUAUUCAAGCCUGAGACGCCCCAACUUUACGACGCUGACGGACAACCUCAGUUCGGGUGCAAAAUAGAUCUUCAAGCUGCCAAGGAAGCUGCGUUCUACUGCCCAGCGCCUUACGUCCUGGACCCACCCAACUGCUUCAGCCAGGUCGCGGUUGAAGGUACCGUCAAGAACACGCGCGAUCUCAGCAAGUCAUUGGUGGUGUCGCGAUCGAACCACUUCGUCAUCCUGAGUUUUGAUGGUUCUCUGGUAGGACCUGGGGAGACACUGCGCCAGACAGCGCCUUUGGAGUGUCGUUGCGUCACCAUAAAGGGUAUCGUUCUCUCCACCAUACAGAUCGAGAACUAUUACUCGAAGUAA